AUGCAAGGAUGUCUCGGGCCAAGUGGUGCUCGUCACGGGGGGGGCCUCCGGGAUCGGACUGGGGCGCUCCUCAUCCCAUAUUCCUGGCUGGAAUAUCUGCUGCUCUGGCUCGUGCCGUUUCGGUUUCGAUGCAAGGAUGUCUCGGGCCAAGUGGUGCUCGUCACGGGGGGGGCCUCCGGGAUCGGACGGAUCAUGUGCCUCAGGUUCUCCAGAUUGAACUGCAAGGUUGUCACCUGGGACGUCGAUGCCGAAGGAAACAAGGAGACGGUGAAUAUGAUCCAGUCAGAGGGAGGAACAGCACAUGCGUACAAGGUGGAUCUGUGUAAUCGAGAGGAGAUCUACAAGACGGCAAAGCGAGUGGAAGAAGAAGUCGGGAAGGUCACGAUCCUGGUCAACAAUGCCGGGUUCAUGGCGGGGAAUAGAUUCCUGGAUUGCCCCGACGCUAUCAUCCAGCGCACCAUGGACGUCAACGCCAUCUCCCAUUUCUGGGAGACGGUGAAUAUGAUCCAGUCAGAGGGAGGAACAGCACAUGCGUACAAGGUGGAUCUGUGUAAUCGAGAGGAGAUCUACAAGACGGCAAAGCGAGUGGAAGAAGAAGUCGGGAAGGUCACGAUCCUGGUCAACAAUGCCGGGUUCAUGGCGGGGAAUAGAUUCCUGGAUUGCCCCGACGCUAUCAUCCAGCGCACCAUGGACGUCAACGCCAUCUCCCAUUUCUGGGUGGCGGAUCCUGGACUCAUGUUGGACGCCAUUUUUUUUCCACAGACCACAAAGGCAUUCCUGCCAGAGAUGCUGAAGAUGGGAAAAGGUCAUGUGGUGACCGUUGCAAGUCUCGGCGGCUUCUGGGGAAUCAAUCGACUUGUCGACUAUUGCGCUUCCAAAUUUGCUGCUGUUGGUUUCGACGAGGCUCUUCGUACUGAACUCAAGAUGGAUGGGCAUAGGAGCAUCAAGACGACGGUCGUCAACCCUUUCCUGAUAGACACGCCGAUGUCCACAGGCAUCACAAGUCGAAUCAUACCUGCCUUGAAGCCAGAGGACGUUGUGGAUAAGAUCAUGAGCGGAGUAUUAACCAAUCAGGAGAUGGUUUUCAUUCCAGGAUAUGCCCCGCUCGUUCUUUUCCUGAAAGCGACCCUUCCUAACCCUGUGCUGUUCCGGUUUCUUCGCGCCUUUGGGGCUGGUGAGGCUCUGGAUGGCAGACGAAGCAAAGGGAAGUAACGUCUGUCAUCCCCUUUCAUCCCUAUCUUCCCUCCCAGUAGCUCAUACGUCCGAAAGCAGUGGGGUAAAACGGUCAACGACGGGUCACUUACCAGAGGAAUCGUUUUGGAGUUGGAAGGCUGACAUAUUCAGUGACGUCACGAUUUAAUACCGUCAACUGCCUGAAUAUGGAGACCAAAUGACCAUCACUAGUUAGUUACUGCGAUUCCCUUCAUAGGUCGUUACUGUUCUAUGCUGUCCGAACUCUAUCACGACCAAUCGCUGGUAGGUCACUCGCUGCUUUAUUCCUAUUGAGUCGAAAUUAAACAAUGAUUGCAUGACACCUGGAGGUGAUCGAGGCUUGCUUCAUGAAUAAAGUUCUUUGACCAUGCUUGGGCAUGCAAGAAGUGGUUAGAAAAACGUACUGAGUAUGGAUAUGGGUAUAGUAUCGUAACUAGGGUGCGUGACUCGCGUCAUUCUUCGUGUUCAUUCUUCGUCACUUCUACUUUACCUGACGCACGAAUUACACACAGUGACGUGGGGGAAAUUGAACAUAGCAUGAAUGAAUGAACAUAGAGUUAAUGAAGCAUGAGUACGAAGACCUCCGACUCCACGUGCUUGUGUGCAGCGAGU